CUUGAGGGCGGCCUAGAGGCCUGUCCGGGAUGAAGGCCACACCCCUUUGCCAGACAUGCAUUGUCCUUAGAAAAGCUUAAAUGGAAAAACAGCAGCUGGAGAUCUCUCCUUUAUAAAGCCUCGUGGUGGAACGUGUAUGCUUGAUGUGAAGGAUGAACGCGCCACGUAGGGACUCGAUAGGAAUGGGGAAAGUUCCAUCACCAUGAGUCUGGUGUCUCAUUGGUCAUCUUAGAUCUACCCCAGUAUUUUAUGGCUGACAAGAUGCAGGUAUUACGGCACUCUGAACACACACUGAAAACAGCUCUCCUCUCAAAGAACCCUGUGCUUGUGUCACAGUACGAGAAGUUAGAUGCUGGGGAACAACGGUUAAUGAAUGAAGCCUUCCAGCCACGCAAUAACCUGUUUGAACCCAUUACUGUGCACUCACAGUCAGACUGGAUCUCCUCCCACCCCGAGGCUCCCCAAGACUUCGAACAGUUUUUCUCUGACCACUACAGAAAGGCACCCUGUCCAAAGAAACACAUUAUCUACAUUCAGUCCAUUGGCUCUCUAGGCAACACCAGAGUUAUCAGUGAAGACUAUAUUAAAUGGCUCAAGGGCUACUGUGAAGCAUUUUUCUAUGGUUUGAAGGUGAAGUUCUUAGAACUAGUUUCGGUCUCUGAAACCAAGUGUUCCUUUAGAGUGAAUGAGCACACACAAAACCUACAAAUCCACACAGGACAUAUCCUGGCACUCUUGAAGAAGAAUAAACCAGAAGAUGCCUUCUGCAUCGUGGGGAUAACAAUGAUCGAUCUUUACCCUUGGGACUCGUGGAACUUCGUCUUUGGACAGGCCUCCUUGUCAAGUGUGGGAAUAUUAUUCAGCUUUGCCAGGUAUGGCAAGGACUUCUACACCUCGAAAUAUGAAGGCAGUGUGACGACUCCGCAGCUAACAUCUUCCAGUGACUACUCCAUUUUUGAUAACUAUUACUUCAUCUCACCAGCCCGAUCCUGUAAGACUUUAACCCAUGAGAUUGGACACAUACUUGGACUGCGACACUUUGCGUGUUUAAUGCAAGGCUCCAAUCACUUGGAGGAGUCUGAACAGAGUCCUCUGAAUGUAUGCCCUAUCUGCUUACUCAAGCUGCAGAGUGCCAUUGGCUUCAAUAUUGUGGAGAGAUACAGAGCACUGGUGAAGUGGAUUGACGAUGAAUCUUGCGACGAAUCAGGAGCAACUCUGAAAAGUAGUUCUGAGCAUGCGCAUUUGCUGAAACCUGUGGAAGCCUUUAAGGAUUGGAGAGAGUGGAUAAUCAGAUGCAUUGCUGUCCUUGAGAAAUAAGGACUUUGAAACAGGAGUAACUGAAAUAAAUAC